AUGGAACAGACUACGAGCCCUCCGUCAAUUUAUCUGGUGACCCAGAUCCCCGAGAGGCCUGGGGAAGGUGGCAACCCUGGGUACAGCGGGGACGAUGAAGACCUCUGGGAUAAUUUGCCGUCUAUGGGACAUCAAGGGGCUAUGCAUGUGCUUUCCAUGGACUCUCCGCCCGUCUUCUCCGGCAGCGAAGACAACCGCGAGGCGUCGUAUCAAUGGAUGUGA